CCAGCUACAAACUACAAACCCAGGCUGCGCGCUCACGUGAAAUAAUUCAUUGUAUCAGACUGAGACGGGAGGAAGCACCGAGUGACUCGACUGGUCGGCAAACCAGCACUGACCUGGGAAACACCGAAAAAUCCGACUGCUAGCCACAUAAACUGCAGGGAUGGCCGCCAUCCGUAAGAAGUUGGUGAUAGUGGGGGAUGGAGCUUGUGGGAAGACCUGCCUUCUGAUUGUCUUCAGCAAGGACCAGUUCCCUGAGGUCUACGUCCCCACUGUGUUUGAGAACUAUGUUGCUGACAUUGAAGUGGAUAGCAAACAGGUGGAGUUGGCUCUCUGGGACACAGCGGGUCAGGAGGACUAUGACAGGCUGAGACCUCUCUCCUAUCCAGACACUGACGUCAUCCUCAUGUGCUUCUCCAUAGACAGCCCUGACAGCUUGGAAAACAUUCCAGAGAAGUGGACCCCAGAAGUUAAACACUUCUGUCCCAACGUUCCCAUCAUCCUGGUAGGAAACAAGAAAGACCUGCGCAAUGAUGAGCACACACGCCGAGAGCUGGCCAAGAUGAAGCAGGAGCCAGUUAAGUCAGAGGAGGGCCGGGACAUGGCCGGACGAAUUGCAGCAUUCGGUUACAUGGAGUGUUCUGCUAAGACCAAGGACGGUGUGCGGGAGGUGUUUGAGAUGGCCACCAGGGCAGCACUGCAGGCCCGCCGCGGAAAGAAGAGCAAUAAAUGUGUACUGCUGUAAAAUGGCCGACAUAUUUGGACUGUUUUCACCCUGGGCUACUGUACACGGGGCUAGGGCUCGGGAGGGACUGAGGGCUUACUAGAUGGGAAAGGGAGGGAGGGGAGGAAAAGCAGUAAACUACUACCGCUGUAAAAUGGCUGUUUGUUGGACUAAAUUUACCCUGGGACUUGGGUUUGGGAAGCUUUGAUUGACAGGGGUGGGUGAGUGGAUGGAUGGAUGGAUGGAUGGGGGACGAGGGAGCACAGUAAAUGACUACCGCUGUAAACCAUUGGGCUCUUUACCUGUGGGUUUACCAUCAAGGUGGGAAAUUUACACCAGCCUUGUCAAGUCUCACAAGCCACUUACACUGAUAACGAACAUUAGGAGACCCUGGUCCUUUCUAAAAAUCUAGCUAACUGGUAAAACUGAUAAAGGUGCUAGUGAAUUAUGGGAUGUUCCAGUGACUUGUGUUCAGUAAGGACAACAAAAAAUGUUUAGGAGGGUUUACAGAUGAAUAGCGGAAAAACGAGCACAGAAGAGUACCACUGUACGGCCAUCAAUGGAUUAUUUAUCCCCAGGUGUUCAUACCUGGAAUUAGGACCAGAGAGGUGUGGAGUGAAGCAGACAAAGGGAUGGGAAGAGUGAAGCACAGUAUGUUGGUGUGACUAUGACUAUACCACACAUUAAACCAGAGAAAAACUCAUAGUUUUGUACAUUCAGCUUACUUGUUAUAUGCUGUAGUUAGCAGCUCCAAAGGUAGACAAAUCACCAGUAAACUGUAUUAUGCAGGUGCUCCUCAAAGUGAUGUUUUAAACAGGUUUGAGGCUGGAUAGCUUGCAGCGCAAUUCAAGAACCAAAAAGAUUCUCUUGUGAAAUUCGGCCUGAGAGAGUUGUUAUAUCCAUGAUAUUAAACAAGUGGUCAUGUGCUGUCAGGUGCUCAGGUCUUGUGUGUUGGAGGCGUGGAGCUACAUGCUCACAUGUCCAGCUCAGUGCCAUUUAGUCUCUCACUGGCUAAUCCUGUUCUUACAGACUCUCAGUGACAAACGCAUUGAGCCCUACUCUUACUGAGAUUAUCUGUUACAAUUGCCUAAUAGUGAAUGUUCUGUUAUUUGCAGAUGAACUGCAGCUAGCAUACACUUUGAAAGAAAAUUGCCCUCUGCACUGGUUUUAAAUUAAAGCGACUUGGCUCUAAUUAGCACCUGUAUUUAGUUGCUGCUUUAAGUACUAGGCAUCUUACCGCUGUAGUGCCGUAGAGGGAAGUGUAAAGUUUACUCACCUCCACAGGAGCAGUAGUGCAACCCUCAGUGCCAGGGCUGGACAUAAAAUUGUCCACAUGCUGGUGUGAAUCUUUACUGCAUUGUCUACUUUAGGAGGUGAUCAGCUCUCACUUCAAGGUUCUUUAACAUUCAAUAAAUUCUUUUGACUGAAUCAGUGGAAGUGGCAGGUGAAUUGUGGUCCCACUGGAUGACAAAGGUAGCUUCCUGCCCCUGCAUAGUACAACCUGAGCAAACUUACGCCCAUGGCUCGGCUCCCAUCCCUUUCUGUUCCACAUAGCUGACUGCUGGUGCUCAUCUUCCCCUGGUUUUAGACCAGGACAAAGAACAAGGAGAGGAGAGUAUUGUGUUUACAUGCACACCACUGAUCUCCUUAUUUGGGAUGAACGACUAUUAAUUUUUUUGUGUGUUGGCAUGUAUAAAGGUCAAAUGUACAAGAAACAGCUAUUUCAUAUUUUAGGUGAAAAAGUUGCCUGGGAUUUACCCUGUUCUCCAUCAGUUACAUGUCUGCCUUUUACUGGUUAACUGUUGCUACCUGACAUAAUGCUGCAGCAGUUGAACUUACAAAGACAAACAUGACACAUGUGACUUGACCUUUUUAUCCAGAAUACUGUGCGUGGAAAUACCAGAAUUGUCAGGUUGAGCAGUCAGUAGAUAAUCUACAUCACUAACAAACAGAGCAACAACCACCUGCUGCUGUGUGUUGGAAAACCUUCAUUUCGGGGAAUUUUUUAAGGUCUUUUAUUUUAGAAACGGAGAGGGUGGCCAUUCGUAUUUGGGAUUUAUGAGCCACCAGCCUUCCCUGACUUUUCUGUGUGUUUUACUGCCGGAUUGAGCCUCUCUCGACAGUGUUGUACCCUCCUGUUCUUCUUCCUGGCCUACAGGGAGGAGCCUGCUCCAGAAACCUAGUUUUGUGUUGUUGUUUUUAUACUUUAUUUCCUGCUUUAAAAAAAGUCAUAAAUAUGUUGUAUCAGUAUUUAAAAAUAGGAGGUGGAAGACUAGGGGUCUGCUUAUGUGUUGUUGCUUUAGUUUAUUCUUCUUUUGUGCUUUACCUGAAGUUUUCUGAUGAUUUACAAUUGGUUGUAACGACCCGUCAAUCAUCCCUGCCAAAUGCUGUUGUUAGGCAGUCAGGAGAAAGGCUGGCCCCGGGCUGCCUGUCUAUAGCGUCACUAGGACCACGUGUGCUGGCUCUUUUUCUGUUUGUUUGUUUUGAACACUCACUUGGCUGAAAAGACAAAAGGAAAAAAAAACAACUCAUGUCUCCUUAUCUGUACAAAUCAUUUUUAUUUCUAGUUUUUAUUGUAUUUUUAAAUCCUAAUUUUGGAUGCUGAAGUAGUGAUGUAAAACAAAGGAACAGGAAAACCAAGCUGUAUGCAAAGUCUGUAAAUAUGAAAUAUGUGGGUUUGUUCAUACUAGACUAUACACAUGCACAGGACUGGAAACUGUAUUUGUAAACUAGCUUUGGUUUGUGUAAUAAAUUACUUUCUAUAACA